AUGCAAACGAUUUUUAUUGAAGAAAAUAUUAAUCAUCAACAAAUAAUAAAUAUCUGUAAAUUAAUUGAUUCUAGUACUUGUAAAUCAUUAGAAUUUCGUCGAUGUACAAUCUUAGAUUCUGAUUUUGAUGAACUAAUGAAAAAUUUAUCACAGAAUGGUAAAUCAAUGGUUUCACUUAUUUUUAAUAUUCAAAUGAUCAGUGAAAACAAACGUUUUAAAAAAUUUGUUCAAAUGCUGUCAAAUUGUUCAAAUCUUAUUAAUUUACGAGUUCAUGGUAAUGAUAUAAAUGAUGAUAUGUUUUCUCAACUUUAUUCAAUUUUACAUGAAAAUUGUCCAAAAUUAACUCUAUUAGAUGUUGGAGAUAAUAAAUUAACAAAUAAAUCAAUCGCUAAUAUAUGUUCAUUAAUUAUUCCUGAUGAAAAUAAAAUAGGUUUAGAAGAAUUAAUUUUAAGUGCUAAUCGAUUGAUUACAAAUGCUGGUUGGACAGAACUCUUCUUUUCAAUCGCGUUUAGUUGUCGAAUUCGUCGAUUAGCAUUAGAUUAUAACAUAUUUGAUAAUACAAUUGCAGCAAUGCUUAGUAUGCUUAUUGCAUCAAGUCGAACAUUAACUUAUCUCGAUUUAGAAUGCUGUAAUUUAACAGAAUUUGCUGGACAAUUAUUACUUUCUUUAUUUACAAAAUAUCCAAUAAAACUUGAAGAAAUUUAUCUUGAUAAAAAUCCAUCUAUUCUUGAUUCGACUCAUACAUUGAUAAAUGAAUGUCUUAGUUUAAAAUCAAGAGAAAAUUCUAUUUCAAGUCAACAACCCUUAUGUUAUCGUUUGCCAAUUAAUGAUGAUUCAUCAAGUACAAGUAGUACAAAAGGUGAAAAAGUUCCACCAUUAAAAUUAAAAAAGAAAAAGAAAAAGAAGAAACCUAAUUUACACGAAUCUCCAAAAACUGUUAUUAAAGAAGAAACAAAGCCUUUUGGUUUUAAUCAAAUAAAACAACCAGAAAAGCAAGUUGAAAUUAAAAAAAAAGAACACGAACAAGAAGAUAUCGAAGAACUUUUACCAGUUGAAAUUCAACCAUAUGGUACUGUAGGACGUAUGCUUUAUUGGCAUCGAGUAUAA